UUUCUACUACUCCAUCAGACCAUGUAUCUACUCCACCAGGCUGUGUUGAAUGGUGAUACUGGCGAGGUGAGACGACUGCUGUGGGAUGGGAGAUAUGAUGUCAACUACAAGGAGUCUGCGAAUGGAUGGAGUCCUCUGCACCUAGCAGCGCUGAAAGGCAAUGCAGAUAUGGUGAAACUAUUCCUGGACAGCGGGGCUGAAGUUAAUGCGGAAGACUCGGGUGGCUGGACUCCUUUACAUGGGGCAGCGUAUGGAGGUCAUAAAAGCAUCGUAAAGCUUCUCCUGGAGCGUGGAGCUGAUCCUAAUAUUACGGAUAAGGAUAAACUAAGACCACAUGACUUGGCUGUAAAAACGAAACAUGAAUGCAUAAUGAUAAUGCUGCAGAGAUUUACUUCGCCGUUGAUUCAGACUCAUCUUCUCCAAAAAUUAAUUGCUACAAUAAGUGACCAAGUGUCUGUGAGACGUAUCCGGUUCCUGGGACGUAGGCUGGGAGUACCGGACNGGUUAUCUUUCCGUCGCCAGUAUGCUAUUCCAAUCAAGAUGCCAGGUGGCUGGACUCCUUUACAUGGGGCAGCGUAUGGAGGUCAUAAAAGCAUCGUAAAGCUUCUCCUGGAGCGUGGAGCUGAUCCUAAUAUUACGGAUAAGGAUAAACUAAGACCACAUGACUUGGCUGUAAAAACGAAACAUGAAUGCAUAAUGAUAAUGCUGCAGAGAUUUACUUCGCCGUUGAUUCAGACUCAUCUUCUCCAAAAAUUAAUUGCUACAAUAAGUGACCAAGUAUCUGUGAGACGUAUCCGGUUCCUGGGACGUAGGCUGGGAGUACCGGACAGCAAGCUGGACAACAUAAGGUCUCAGAAUCCAAACAAUGCACAGGAGGAAUCAUUCCAGAUUCUGAGGGAGUGGAUGAAAAGGUCAGCAGGGGCGACAGUCCAUAACCUGUUCAAGGCUCUGAAGGACCAUCAGUUGAACGCAUGUCUUGACCAUGUCAAGAAUGAAUAUCUUACCCUAAGUAAAGAAAUAUUGGCCAAGUCGGAUGAUGAGUUCAGCACGUUUUGUGCUUCUCUCGAGUAUACAGAUGGUAUCACAUUAUCUGCUAUGAAGAAGAUAAAUAUGGGAUGUUACGUCUCUGAUGACAUGAGAUAUAUGGGUUUGCCCCUUACAAGGUACAACGCCAAUUCCAAAGAGCGCAUGGCCUUGUACCGCCUUGAAUGGAAUGGCAACUACGAGAUUCCGGCUUCGUACGCACGGAGGGCUGUCGUUAGUUGA